CAAUAUCAUGGUUUCAGUGAGUUCUACGCAAAUGAGGUUCAAAUCACGCACAUAACAUUAGCUAGUAACAAUUACUUAUAUCAAACUGUGUUCGAUGGGUAUUAUGUGAAAACGUUUGAUGAGUUGUCGGUAAUUGGACAGGGUGGUUUUGGCAUAGUAUUCCGUGUGAAGCACGCGUAUGAUGGACAGGUAUAUGCUGUAAAACGGAUACAAUAUAAAGAAACUGUUAAAGUUUUGAGAGAAGUGGAAAACUUAGUGAAAGUUAAGUCCGAAUAUGUGGUCCAAUAUUAUCAUUCAUGGCGUGAAACCCGAUGUCUUUACAUACAAAUGGAGUUCUGUUCACAGAAUUUAACGAAUAUUCUUGAAGUAAAACCACAUAUAUUUGAGAGACAAUCGGGAGAUCCCAUGGAUUUAUACGAGUAUUUCAUUUCGUGUGAUAUAUUUCAACAGAUCUUAGAAUGCGUUCAAUAUUUACAUGAAUUGAAUCCACAGAUCAUUCACAGAGACCUCAAACCCGACAAUAUAUUGAUCGCUGAAAAUAUAAGGAACGGUAGAUUUGUUAAGUUAUGUGACUUUGGUUUGGCUACAGUUCACGAUAAAACCAUUCACUACAAAUCUGAACGAAAACAUACGUCAGAUAUCGGCGACUUGAGAUACCAGGCUCCGGAAAUUGGUCAUGGUAAAAAAUAUGGUCACAAAUCAGACAUUUAUAGCCUGGCACUAAUAAGUGGCGAAAUAUUUGACGUGGAUGUUGUACUUAUCGAACCAAAAAAGAAAUUAAAG